AUAAUUUAGUGGAAUACGUUUCGAUAAUUCCAUUAUUCAAUACAUGUUAUAUGUCAUAUUUUAAUAAUAUAUGGAAUAUAUCAUAUGAUGCGUAUAAACAUAACCUCCAAAUGUAGACGAAGUUGUUGCGACACGUAAAUCAAAAUUCGUCGUAAACAGUCACUUUUUUUACUAAAGGUUUCAUUCUAAAUAACAUUGGCUUCGUAUUGUUAUUUUGUGUAUGUAAUAUUUACUGUUAUGCGUAAAUUCAGAAAUAGUUUUGAAAAAUGGAUCUAACUACAGGAAAAAGUAGCAGAAUUCCCUUUAUACCAGGAACUAAACCCUCAAUAAAAAAUUCACAACUACUCAUUUCGACUGGAAUUCCUUCCUUAGAUCAUAUAAUAGGUGGAGGAUUACCUGUUGGUUCUUUGUUUCUUAUUGAGGAAGAUCGAUAUGGCACAUAUGCAAAAGUCAUGUUAAAAUAUUUUAUGGCUGAAAGCGUAGUUACAGCUCAACCAUUAUUAAUUGGAUCUAAAGAUGUUGAAACAUCACAGUUUGUGUCAGAAAUACCAGCUGUUGUAACAGACACCACAUCGAUUGAUCAAUCAUCCAAUUCUGAUGAACAAAUGAAGAUUGCUUGGAGGUAUCAAAAUAUGAAAAUAAUUGAUACCUCCCCAACUGGAGGACAAGCUUUUGGUCAUUUCUAUGACCUUACAAAAAGAAUGGAAAAAGAAGUAAUCGAAAAAGCAGAUAUAACACAGUGGUAUGAUGAUAAUUGUCCUAAAAAAGACAAUGCCUUUAACAAUAUGACAUAUUCAAAGUUAUUAAAAUGUAUUCAAGAGACUCUGAAGAAGGGAGGACACUCAAUUUCAGAGACACCUACAAAAAGACAAGUUCUAAGAAUUGCAAUUCAUUCCUUAGGAUCUAGAUUAUGGUGCAGUGAUUCUGUAAAUGAUUCGCAUCAAGAUUUGUUCAAAUUUUUGUAUUACUUUAGAGCUCUUUUAAGAUAUUCUUAUGCAGUUGCAGUGAUAACAGUGCCUACAGAAUGUUUUGAAAAUUCGGAUGCUACUGCGCAACGGAUUGAACAUCUGUCAGAUGUUGCAAUUAAAUUGGAAUCAUUUGCAGGCUCACAAAAAGAAACAAACCCAUUAUUUAAGGAUUAUCAUGGCUUAUUGCAUCUACAGAAGAUGCUGGCUUUAAAUACUAUAGCACCUCAUAAUCCAGAAUCACGAGAUCUUGUAUUCAAAUUACGUCGAAAGAAAUUUGUCAUCGAGGUUUUACACCUACCACCUGAAUUAGGAGAUACUACUCAACGAGAACAAGAUGAAACGAUAUCUCAAUUCGGAUGUUCUAGUUUACCACAUAAGACCUUAGAUUUUUAAGAAAGUAUAAUGUUGUACGUUUAAAAUAAUUCUGCCUUUGUAUAAAGAAUUAUUCUCUUGUCUUCUCGGCUUUUGCUUAUAAAAGCUUUUUACUGAUAAGUAACUACAGACGAGUGUAAUACGUAAUAUUUUAGUCAGAAGUACAUAGUACGCCGCGUGAAUUAAUGUAGACGGGAGGAGAUAGGCUUCGUGAACACACAAUAAUACGCAUGACACGCCUACCUACUCUACGGUAUCAUAUCAAAAGUAAAUUUUACUAUAAAUAUUAAAAAUAUUAAUAUUAUAAUUGUUAAUAAAAAUCAUUUUUGCAU